CGAAAAUGUCACGCGAUGUAUUACCCCGCAGCGAAUCCAGUUUGAUUCUAACAUCAGAUGUGGAUUUGUGCAAAGCGGUUUUCACUCCUUGGAAAACAUCUUGCAAGGGUUCGUUUGUCCUUGUUUGCUAAUAUGUCGAUGAAAGCCGUUGUUGUUCAGGAGUAUGGGGAUUCUUCUAAGCUUUCUUAUGAAGAUGUGCCGAUCCCCGAGCCUGGGCCAGGAGAAGUACGUAAAAACAAUUAAUCAAGCUCAUGUAUUGUUUUUAAGGUCUCGCCAUUAAGCUUUUUUUUUUUUGGUCGGUUCCCUCCCUCCAAAAAAAAAAAAAAAAACGACAUUCUGCAUUUAGAAAUCUCGGUAUGUUGUUCACGUCUCUUAACUGACAAAACAGAGCUUCGUAUUUCACAUAUCAAAAACUCCUCAUGACCCAAGUUAUGAACCUCACAAAUGACCUGCUGCUUAUUUUUUUUACUUUUUUUUGGGGGGGGGAGUGGAGGGGGAAGGCUUGAUCCAGCCCCAGAUCCGGACUGGUGACAUAUUUUGACCCUCCCUUGCCCUUUUAGAGGACCUCUACCAUGAAAAAAAUGGUUACCCAUUUUUAUAAAUGCACCAAAUUCUUUUGCAUGUUAGUGACUCACCCAGCCACUCACACAUCAUCCAUCGCCUUAUGUCAUUCUUAGUUGGAGGGUUUCAGUUGCUCAUAGGGUGCAAAAUUGUACCAUUGUACUAGCCUAGAAGCAGGUACACUUGUGCAAGUUUAGCAAAAAUUUUUGGUGGCAGAGCUAAGGUUCAUUCUCCUCACAGGAUGGCAGCUCUAACGCCAAGAAUUUUUUCUGAACUCACACAAGUGAGCCUACUCACAGGCUACUAAUUAUUGCACCAUCACUAAUAACCACCAAAGUUAUAAGGAGUAUGUGGGGUGCAGCUCAAGGAAUGCUUGGUAACAUGUUUAAAUGUCAUAAAAACCGCACUGAUUGCAGUACUGGGAGGUUAUUGUUUAAUAGAAAUAUUGGCUAAAAAUUAAGCAAGUCUUGAUGGAGAUCUACAUUUAUUUGGAAGGAACUUAAAUCAAAAUCAGACCUCUCAAGUCUCACGGUUUUGAGGACAAUCUCACAGUCUAACGAUGAGGCCCAAAAAAUUCACGGCAAACAGAUUCACAACUAGCCAAUGGAAUACACUCUCCUUGACUAUUUUCAUUUUUGCCUUGUAAAAUCCACAGUUCUAAGACAUAUUUGUCAUAUUUAUGAUUGCCUUGUUGACAAGAUACAGACCUCAAAACCAUAAUUAUGUAAAAGACUAUAAUGCCAAAUAAGGCUAUUGUUACCAGUUUGUCACAUGUAGAUAGAUUUUGUCCACAUUGUCAAAAUGGCGGAAAAUGAUAAAUAUUCAUCGAGCGACCAUUGAGCAAAGAUAAAGUUCAAAACAGAAUGGGAAGGUUCAUAUUCUGUUUAACGCAUUCUUAGCGAUUCAUUUUUGUUUUUAUGUGUUCCCUACUCCUGGUUUUAGUUCUUUUUGAUGCCAUCAAUAAAUCUCCAGCUUUUUUUACCUUGAUCUCCAGGUUAUUGGUCUUUUGGGGUUGAGAGGUCUGCAAAAGGCACUUACUUUGAAUCAUAUUAACUCAUUUGUUUUAUUUUUAUUGGAAUAAUAGGUACUGGUAAAAAAUCAUUUUGCUGGGUUAAAUUUCAUUGACACUGCUGUGAGGAAGGGAAUCAUGAAAAUGGUAGCAUUAGGUGGAAUUAUGGGAUUUGAAGGAGCUGGAACAGUGGAAAAACUUGGAGCUGAAGUCCAAGACUCCUCUCUUGGAGACAGAGUUGCUUUUGCUUUUGUUGGCUCAAGUGAGUUGUUUUUGUUGUAAUAAUAUCGCUUUUAGACAUGGCAUGAACUGGAUUGCAUUUGAGUGGAAAAUCACAUCCAGCUGUUAUUCCAAACAUCCCAUCCAAGUAGGUGUAGAAUCGUUGAAUCCUUGCCGCUGGAAAACACAUAUAAGUAAUAAUAUGUGUUCCCCUUCCGGAGAAACUCAUAUCCCUAGUGAUAUGUGUUUCCCUACCCUGGAAACAGAUAUCACUAGUGAUAUGUGUUCCCCUACCCCGGAAACAAGUAUCACAAGUGAUAUGUGUUCCCCUACCUAGAAGAAAACAUAUCCCUAGUGAUAUGUGCUCCUCUACCUGGGAAAAACAUAUCUCUAGUGACAUGUGUUCCCCCUACCCAGGAAAUGCAUAUCACUAGUGAUGUGUGUUUCCCUACCCGGGAAACACAUAAUGAUAUCUGUUUCCCUAGUAAUGCAACACAUAUCACUAGUGAUAUGUGUCCACCUACCCAGGAACAGGUAUCACUAGUGAUAUGUGUUCCCCUGCCCUGGAACACAUAUCACUUAUAGUGUUAUAUGUUCCCCCUCCUAGGAAACAGAUAUCCCUAAUCAUAUAUGUUUCCCUCCCUGGAAACAGAUAUCACUAGUGAUAUAUGUUCCCUUUCCAGGGAAAUACAUAUCCCCAGUUGUAUGUGUUCCCCUACCCGGGAAACGCAUAUAACUAGUAAUAUAUGUUCCCCUUUCCAGCAAACACGUAUCGGGAAACACAUAUCCUUAGCUAGAGAUAUGUGUUUCCUGGGUAGGGGAAUGCUUAUCACUAGGGAUAUGUGUUUCUCUAGUUGGGGAAACAGAUUUCACGAAGGAGGGGGAACACAUAUCACUGUGACAUAACAGUCAUAUGAAUGACCUCUUUGGCUUGUAUGUUUUGUUUUCCUAAUUAGAGGUCCUGGGAGAACCUGACCCUUUGUCUUUUCAUGAAUUAUGGGGAGAUGCACUUUAAUAAGACAAAAUUUGAAAGAAACAGUCUUCAGGGCUGUUCAAAGCUGGGUUAAGAUAACCCAGGGUUAGUGCGAGAUUUAAAUUCAGAUUUGAAAGCUUAGAAAGCAUUUCAGUUUAGUUCUUUUUGUCUACAAGUUGAUGACUGGAAGCUCCAAAAAUAGCACAGAAAAUUAUCUGCAAAAGUGCUUUUGAUCGAUUUGACCACAUGAAAAAGAAACCACAUGAAAAAGAAACCCGAACAAAAUGGUUAACGCCCUGGAGUUUUUAAAAACUUUUUACCUUAUGCACAUAAAAAGCGACGGCUUUUGACCACAUGAAAAAAACCCAGGUUAAAUUUAACCCCAAAACGAUUAAAAUACACUGUUUUGCAACGCAUUGUUGUUUUUUGCAUGAAUCGACAAAAGUCCGUGGAUUAAAAUUAGAACAACUGGGCCCUGGAGUAUUAUCACAUGACCUGUAUUGGGAAAAGAAAACAUACAAGCUGAAGUAGUCUAUUAUAAGCUAGUUCACUGCAUCCUGAGUAAACACUUAAAUUUGCAUUACAGAUGCUUAUGCUCAGUUCAGUAAAGUGGCCACCAAAUAUGCUGUCAAAGUUUCUGAUUCUCUGUCCAUGGAGCAGGCUGCCAGCACACUGUGGCAAGGAUUUACGGCACAUGCAUUUGCUUGUUCAUCUUAUCCAAUCAAAGCUGGGGACAAAAUUCUAGUUCAUGCAGCUGCUGGAGGAGUGGGGAGUCUGAUUGUUCAGAUUGCAAAGAAUGCAGGUAACUAAAAUAAAUUACUAAAGGUAUAACCCUCCAGGGAAUACUUUAGGAAUGUUUGGGUAGGGUUUCGCUGCUAGGACCCCAGGACCCUUAGCAAAUACCAGUCGUAUUUCAGCUGAAUUUUGCUACCGUAUAUAUACUAGACUAAACUCCCAAAAAUCUCUCCCUAUCCUAGUGUCACCUCAUUACUCUACAUAGUUAGGCGGAAUGCUGGGAAAGUUGGAACUUACUAUAUAUUGAAGACAAUGUAUUGUUGAGGCGUUAUUAAUCCAGAAUGGUGAACCAGGAAACAGUUACGUUUUUGUACCUUCUAGAAAUAGUGAUAGCAUAGUUUGAAAGUUUGUUGCUGGAAUGUAGUCAAUAUCCUUGAAUAAAUUUUUUUCAGGAGCCUUUGUGAUUGGAACAACCAGUACAGAGGUCAAAGCAGCAAAGGCAAAAGAUUCUGGGGCUGAUGAAGUUAUCCUUUACUCUCAGAAGGAUUUUGUUGAAGAGGUCAACAGGAUAACUGAUGGAAAAGGGGUGAAUGCAAUCUAUGACGGUGUCGGAAAAACAACAUUUCUUAAGAGUAAGAUAAAAUUGUCUUGAUUUUCUCAAGUGCAAUUCCUCUCCCCAAACAUGGAAGGUAAUCCGGAAUCCAGAUUCCAGAAUCCAGGUUCCAGUGACAAGGAAUCCGGAAUCCACUCUGUGGAAUCCAGAAUCCAAGACUGAAAAAAAUGUUUGCCUGUACUAAAAAUGCCUAAAAAAUUUUCCGAAAAGAGUAAAUUCACGAGAUCUUAUCCGCGCAUGCGCUUCUCCGAAGAAGUCGCCAAACUACUUAGCCAGCUACAAGCGGAGCUUCCUGGGUACAGGCAGGUCGAAGCAGCUUGAAAGUCGACAUUCUGUCCGCGCCCGAGUCGCAUUUGACAUUGACUGAUGGCCGUGUUGACUUUUCCAUUAUACUUUUUGGCGUUUAACAAAAACCUUUUUAGCCCGAGGCAGAACCAAGGCACUUUUUAAAAGUGGCGAGCUUUUGCAAGUGCUAAAAAAAAAAUUAGAAGAAACUUUUCAACCCAAUUAAUCGUGUGAAUGUCAAAAUUUUUCAAAAUACGCGUUGAAAAAGGAGAAAAACCAGACUUUUCGAAGGUGCUCCCUCUUCUUUAGUGCUUCCAUCUGGCCUUCUUGGCUCAGUCGUUAGAGCAACGGAAGUCCAGGGUUCGAUACCCACCGAUGUCAAAUAAUUUUUUUUCUGUCCCUUGCGUAGUUUCCUGAUUCUCGUUUUGAGAGCUAACGAAAAGUGGGGAUUAGAGAUAAUCUUUAGCGCUACAAGUUAAAUUUUCAGCGUUAAAAUUCUCUAUUCCAUCCUUUUAUAGUCCCUUUAAAGCGGAGCUCUCACGCGCGAAGCGCUCCCAGUAGAGCACCAUGGGUAAGAGAAAAAGGUAACUUAUGGAUAAUCACGUGACCGUUCGUACGUCCGUCCGUACUUCUGUCGGCCCCUACAUGUUAGCCGAUGUCAAAUGUCACAUUUACCACUUGCACUUUACUGUCAAUUAUGCCAUCCAUAUGAGGAUGGUUUGACAAACAAACACAAGUGGCGAAAACGAGUGGCAGUGAAAAUAAAAAGUUAACUGGAACACAUACGACUUUUCCUCCGUAAAACGUGUCACUAGGAAGUUUCACGUUAAAGUCGUGCAUAAAACGGCAAAGGAACGUCCAAAAAAAGAGUGCUGCAGGUUUAAAGUUGUUCUUUGCUAUAAGUAUGUUAACGAGAGCUUCGCUUUUAGCCCUGGCUAAAUCUAUAUAUUAAGGUCUAUCAAUGAAUCCCACGGCUGUGCUCCACACCGGCUGUGGCCCUUGCAUUUCUUUUAAUUCAGACGUUGAGAUCAUCUCGCGCGCUACAAGUUACACUUCAGCGUUAAUUAUCUAUUUCAUCCUUUAGUAGUUCUGGUCUUUAUUAGGUCUAUUACUGAAUCUGUCCCCCUUGCAUUAAUUUUCAUCCAGACUAAAAUUGGGGUCAUCUCUGGCGCUACAAGUUACACUUCAGCGUUAAUUAUCUAUUUCAUCCUUUAGUAGUUCGGGUCUUUAUUAGGUGUAUCACUGAAUCUGUCCCCAUUGUAUUCAUUUUCAUCCAGACUUAAAUUGAGGUCAUCUCUGGCGCUACAAGUUACACUUCAGCGUUAAUUCUCUAUUUCAUCCUUUAAAAGUUCGCGUCUUUAUUAGGUCUAUCACUGAAUCUCUCCCCUUGCAUUCAUUUUCAUCCAGACUUUAAUUGAGGUCGUAUCUUAGAACAGCGAUGCAUAAGCGCUGAUAAAUUGCAUUAUUAUCAUUAUCAUUAUUAUUAUUAUUAUUAUUAUUAUUAUUAUUAUUAUUAUUAUUAUUAUUAUUAUCUGGCGCUACAAGUAACACUUCAGCGUUAAUUCUCUAUUUCGUCCUUUAAUAGUUCGGGUCUUUAUUAGGUCUGUCACUGAAUCUGUCCUCCUUGCAUUCAUUUUUGUCCAGACUUAAAUUGAGAUCAUCUCUGGCGCUACAAGAUACACUUCAGACGUUGAGAUCAUCUCUAGCGUUACAAGUUACGCUUCAGCCUUAAUUCUCUGUUCCAUACUUUAAUAGUCUGGGCCCUUGGAAGGUCUGUCACUGAAUCUGUCGCCCUCACAUUCAUUUUUAUCCAGACUUAAAUUAAGAUCAUCUCUUCCAGUUUUUCAAGAGGUGGAUAGCGCUAUCCACCGGAUAAAUCAUUAUCCAUCAGGCCUGGGUUGUUCAAACGUUGGAUAGCGCUCUCCAAGUAUUAGCAAAACCAAUUGCACAGCGCUAUUCAUUGGAUAGAUAUUUAUCCAGUGGAUAGUGUUAUUCACCUUUUGAACAACUGGGGCCUGCAGAUAGCGCAAUUGGUUUCCUCUAAUACUUAUCCACUGGAUAUCGAUUUAUCCAGUGGAGAGUACUAUCCAUCUUUUGAACAACUGGGGCUAACGCUACUUCCCUGUUCUAUCCUUUAAUAGUCCCUUUAUAAGCGUCUAUCACUGAAUCUGUCACCCUUGCAUUUCGUUUUAUUCAGACUUUGAUUGCUUGGCGAGAAGAGGAACAGUGGUUGUUUACGGUGGAGCUUCGGGCCCUCCCGAUCCACUAAACGUCGGCACGUUAGCCAAGGGCUCCUCUUACGUGACCUUUGGGCAUUUUCUCCACUUUGUAGAGGACCCCGCAGAAUACAAACAGAGAGCUAACGAGCUAUUUUCUUGGUUGGCCGAAGGAAAGCUUAAGUUUAGCGGAGGAAUCACGGUUGUCCCUCUGGCUGACGCGAAGAAGGCUCAUGAUAUGUUGGAGGGAAGGCACACUACAGGGAAAGUGCUUCUCCAGCCGUAAUUGCUGGACUAUGUUACUUGUAGUAGUCAAUUUUAGUUAGCAGUACUAAUGGGUUGUCAGAACUAACCUGCUUAACCAAGGAUCGAUGAUUAUAUCUAGGAUAUCAUCUCAUUUCUUAGCUCUUAUCUGAUUAUGUACUCUGCCUUAGACAUAUCAAAAUGUGGUUUAACUUAUAUUUUAGGAAUACACUGUUAUUUAUAUCAUUUUCUUGUACACUGCUUGCUGCUGUAUAUCUUGUGUAUCUAAGGCACCUCAAAAUAAUUGAUGCAGAACUGUCGGGGACGUAAAUCCCUGUAUAGCCUGCGUAGCAGGCACCGGUGUUUUGGGGGCGAAGCGAAAGCAGAAAUUUCGAAGACACGCGGGCGCACGAGGGGAGAAAUGAAGAGGAGUUGUUCCCCUCGCGCUCUUUAUAAACACUUACCAAAAAAUCUAAGCCCUAAUCAUCAGGCUAAUCCCUGUAAAUCCCCGAUGC